CGUUUGCAAUCAGUUAUCAAUCGGUUGUCGGCUAUGUCCGUAAGCAUGGUUGCCGCUCUGUUAGUGAGGCGAAUAAAAACGUGUAAAUCGUUCGCUCGUGUGUUGCGCGCUGAUCGGAAAAUACUGCCUGGGUUUAAUAACAAUGUGUGUUACGGAUAUGGGGCCGCGUUCGGCUACUGCACUUGCAAAACUGUGGUGCCUUUUUUAUUGGCCGACAUAGGCGAGGGUAUACGCGAAGUCACCAUCAAGGAAUGGCACAUAACCGUUGGCGAUCGGAUUGCCGAGUUCGACGACGUUUGCGAGGUGGAAAGUGAUAAAGCCACCGUGACCAUAACCAGUCGUUACGCGGGUUCGGUGAGAAAAAUGUACUACGAGGUAGGCGAUUUGGCUAAAGUGGGUGACCCUUUGAUCGAUAUCGAAUUGGAAACGGACGACAUCGGCGAUGCCGCUGCGAAACCUAAAUGCGAACCGAUUGUAGCAGAUCACGAAUCGUUGGUAAUGACCAUCACGGCAGAGUCAGAACGAUCAGUGAAGAUCAGCGCGGCAAAAACGGAAAGUUCAACGCGCUUACCGGUCACUGCAGUCCAAGACGCUCACUUCAACAAGGUGCUGACUACUCCUGCGGUACGUAGAAUAGCCACGGAAAAGGGUAUAGACCUGAGUACGGUAAGAGGAACUGGUAAAGACGGUCGCGUGCUUAAAGAAGACCUACUAAACUUCGGCGAUAAUAUAGUAUCCGUGACCGGUUAUACGAAGGCGAUGCGUCACUCGAUGGAAGUAUCGCACACGAUCCCUACAUUGGUCAUAACCGACGAGGUGGACCUGACAGGACUGACGCAGGUCAAGACGCAACUAUUGCCUCACGCUAAGAUAACGCUUUUGCCUUUUUUUAUCAAAGCCACUUCGCUUGCUUUGUCCCUACAUCCUUUCAUGAACUGCACACCGAACGUUGACUUUACAAAGUUACGAUUGAACACUGUACACAACAUCGGAGUGGCCAUCGACACCCCGUUAGGUUUGGCCGUCCCUAACGUUAAAAACGUACAAACUCUGUCGGUCAUCGAAAUCAGCGAGCAACUGCAAGAGUUAAGAGCCAAGGCCGGGGAUAACAAACUGAGCCCGGCGGAUGUAACGGGAGGAACAUUUACUCUAUCAAACAUGGGAGCCAUCGCAGGGUCCUCGUUUAAGCCGUUGAUCAUGCCACCGGAAGUAGCGUUGGGCGCGCUUGGCAGACUAAAGUACAGGCCUAGAUACAACGAAAAAGAAGAACUAGUCAGAACACCGGUGAUAAACGUAUCUUUGGCGGCUGAUCACAGGAUUUUAGAUGGUGCUACCGUAGGUAGGUUUUUAAAAGACUGGAAGACAUACGUGGAAAAUCCCGCAUUAAUUUUGGCGAACACUAAAUUGUCGAAAUUCUAAAUAAUAUGGUGUUAAACAAGUAGUGUGUAAAUUGUAUUAUAUUAUGUACAUUGUGUGAAAACUUAUGACUUGCGCAGCAACCAUGUAAUAUAUAGCCAUAAUCUAAGGUUCAAAUAAUCUAGGUUCCUUAAGUAAAAAUAAUUAUUAACUCUAACAAUUUAGUAUAAUAAACGAUUAUUA